AUGGUAGAAGCAAUAGAUAUUGACUAUCUCAGACAAGAGAACAGUUAUAACACAACCAAAAACCCCCUCCAAACAACUACACAAGCAUUUACAGAAUUAGAUCAAAUAGCCAAUGAGAUAAAUGUUAAAACACCUUCAACAACACAAAAGAAAAGCAAGCCAGUCGACCCAAACAUAUCUAAAGAAAAAGAGCUUAAUUCAACUGACAAAGAUGAUGAAAUAAUUUCAAACAAAAAACAAAAGGAAUCAUACAACCACGAUAAAGCUAACAAUAAUAAACAAAAACAAAAAUUUCAAACAAAAGAUGAAAUAAAAUCAGCACAAAAUAAAAAUAGAAAAGGUAAAAGAAAAAUAUAUCAACAAGAUAAUAAUUAA